AUGUGUGGACAGGUGGCGUGGCGGUACUUGUUAUGGGCAUCGUACGACGGGGCCCGGUUUGUUUCGAUAUCCAACAAAAGUGCCAAUCAUGGUGUACUGGGGUUCUUGCAGUCACUGCUCUGUGAUGCAUUUCCGGACAUUGGUGGCCAGUUCAAAAUGUCACCAUCGAGCAGAACAGACGUUGGCGUGCAUGCUGCACGAAACGCUUUUAUUGUACAGAUUCCCAUUGAAAAUGCGGAUCGCGAGAAGCACCGAUUGUUGGAUGGCUGGAAUCGGAAGAUCCAUGAAUAUGCAACUGGCUCGUUGCGUAUCCUUGAUUUUCACUCAGUCUCAAGGGGCUUCUGCUCCAGAAGAAAUGUCUCUUACCGGUUUGCUUUUUCUGCGUUUCUUACAAAUCCGCGAAAUUUCGCUGGAGAUAUUCGCGUCUACCGGUCUUCCAUAUUUUCCUAUGUUUGUUGUCUUCAUCUGAUAACGCUAUCUGUUCAUUGUUAG